GCGCGUGAAAAUCAGCUCCUCUGUUUCCGAUCAGCUGGAACAACAACAAAAACAACCGUGCGCGCGACGUCGAGGCGGAAAAGAGCGAGCUGAUCGAUUCAAUCCUGGACACUUAAAGCGACUAUACGGAGCAUUGAAGCGUUCCUGGAGCUUUAUAUUUAUACCUGCGUGCGGUGGAUGUUUGUUUUGUUCUACAUUUUUUUCUGCAAAAACCGGACAAACUUCCUGAAUGAGCCGAGAACAACGGCGAGCUGCAGGAAGGGCUGAAAGAGAAACCCCUUUGUGCUGUCAGAUCCGCAUCUUUUACCUCUAUUUCUAAAGAAUUUGGUGUUUUUAUUCAUAAAACCGCUUCUGCAUGAAUGUUUUAGCUUUUGCAUUUUGAAAAUGGGCAAAAAAAGUUCAUAUUGUUGAGCUUUCUGGCCUAUUUCCCUUUACACUGCCUGUUGCCGAAUAGGCCUGAGCUUGUCGUGAUUAUAACUGAGAAGUGAACACUUAUGAUAUGCAUUUAUAUUAGUGUGCAUUGGUCUUGUUUUUCUACUGUAGUUUUUGCACUUCAUCUUUAAACUGCAUGUAUGUUCAGCCAUUAGUGCCAAAACAAAGGAGACUUGAACUCAUUCCUUACAAUGAAAGUAAGAUUGCAGAAAUAAUCAAUAAUGUAAGCUAUAAACCUGGUGUUUAUAACGCGUUCAUAAAGGCAAUUUUGAAGAACUGCAACUCGAUAUUUUUGAAAGUUUUGUUGUGUUCUGAAACCAUAAAAAAACAUUGUAGAGUAGUAAUCUAAUGGGUCAACAAUAUCAGUUUAAGAGCAAAGAGCUGAAUUCGAGUCUGGUUUUAACUCUUCAUCAUCAUCAUCAUCAUCAUCAUCAUCAUCGGGCACUUCAGUGAAACUCUAAGACUGGAAGCUGAUAGAACAAGUUUAAAUAAGAAAAGGUGAAAGGUCUCGGAUGGCGGACACGGUGGUUACUGCUCACAGCUCGGAGGAUCUCCUGGCUGACUUUGAGACUCUACUGAACAGCGGCAGCAUUGACCUGAGCGCAGAUCAUCAGAUUGUCAUCAUCUCUCCUGCGUGUGGCAAUGUGGAGCUCCUUCAGCCCCGGAGCACAGGAGAUCUGCUGCUGUUCUCCACCCCACACAGCACUGCAUCAUCAGGGGCACAGCCACACAGAGACACCGCACCAGGCCGUCCACCGGUGAAAAGGAAGCUGGAUUUGGACAAUGAUCACCAGUACAUCAGCACUACCAGACCACCUCCACCAUGUCCUGCUCCUCCAGCUACACCUGGACGUCCCAGAGUUUCUCGGUUGAACUCAGAGAAAUCACGCUAUGACACGUCCCUGAACCUCACCACCAAGCGCUUUCUGGACCUGCUGGCUCAGUCUCCAGACGGUGUGGUGGACCUGAACUGGGCCUCACAGGUUCUGGAUGUACAGAAGAGACGCAUCUACGACAUCACCAACGUCCUAGAAGGCAUUCAUCUCAUCUCCAAGAAAUCCAAGAACAACAUUCAGUGGCUUGGUAACCGUAUUGAUGGUGCCUCAGUCGCACGCUUCCAGGAGUUACAAAGAGAAGUAUCUGAACUAACAGAUGCUGAAGACAAAUUGGAUGAACUCAUCAACAAGUGCAGCCUGCAACUCCGCCUGCUCACCGAGGACUCAGAGAAUAAGAUGCUGGGGUACGUGAGGUGUCAGGACCUGCGCAGCACAGUGGACCCUCCGGAUCAGAUCGUCAUCGUGAUCCGAGCCCCACCUGAGACGCAAAUGACAGUCACUGAGCCCAGCGAGGGGUACCAGAUCUGCCUAAAGAGCAGCGAGGGUCCCAUCGACGUGUUCCUGUGUCCUGAGGACAGCUCUGGUGUGUGUAGUCCUGUCACAGACUGCAGUCCUGCGAAAUCAUCCACAAACAGCCCUCCCCAUCCGCCCGCUUCCACACAGGAAGUGACGUCAUCGACACCAAUGGUGCUACCGAACACCUCCCCGCUUCCUUUAGCAAACGAGACAGAGUCAGUUCUAGACCCCUUCUCAGGUAUAAGUGAGAUAGAUGACUUUGACCCCUUGACGCUGGGAUCAUCAGACUUCCUGUUGGAUAGGGCCGGUCCCGGUUCCGGCUCGGAUCCCUUCAGCCUGCCGAUCGACAGCUUCAUCAGCUUGUCUCCGCCCCACACGCAGGACUACCACUUCGGUCUGGAGGACCACGAGGGCAUCAGCGAACUGUUCGACUGCGACUUCACUGACCUCGGCCCUUUGUUCUGAGAGUCUCAGUUCGUAUUGUCCUUCUCCUUUAUCACUUUAUCACUCAGCACCAUGCCUGGGUCAAAGGACUGAAAAAUAUUGGCACAGAGUUUUCAAGGCACUUUUUAAAUUUUGGUCUAGCCAAAAAAAAAAAAAAAUCCACUUCUCUGGAAAAAAAAAAAAAGGAAAAACUGACUCUCAUUUAAUUCUUCAGCACUUCCUCUUUCGUCAUGCUAAAAAAUGCUUUCGGUUUUAAAACCUUUCGUCCAUCACCCCAUCCGUCUCUGAGUUUUGCCUUCUUAAUCAGUUUAAUUUAUUUAUAUAAAAAUAUAACGAUCUUUUUCUUUGUUUAAAUUCUGAGGUAGAUGUAAAGAGGGUUGUGUGAGGUGUGUAUAGAGGUGUGUAUAGUGUGUGUUAGUGUGUGUGUAGAGAUUUGAAACAGAGAUUUCUUAACUGAAUGGUAAGGUUUUUGCUCAGGUGAAUAGACGAGUCCUGCGUUAUGGUACGUGUUUUAUAACGCGCACUUGUUGAUGUGUCCUCAUGCGUAACGGAAGAGUGGCCAUUAAAUCAGCAAACUAGUGAGGUUAUUUUAGCUCCCAUGUGCAGUAGUGGUUGUAUACACAGGACCUUACUUUAAAAAAAAAAAAAAAAAGCGUUGGUUUCUCACUGCAUUCUGGGUAGGGGAUCCCUCGCACUUCAGUCAUUCCGUAAUGAAACAUAACAAAAGCAAUCAUUAAAAUGGCGAUAUAUUGAAAUGGUUAUUUAACCAUUGGGAAAGUUGAAAAAAGCAUGUUAUAACAAGUAUUGGCACCAGGCUUAGAAGUUUGUUUGUGUGUGUGUUGUUUGAGUUCAUACAGGAUUUUUUUUUUUUGGAGUACAGAACAUCUGUAUGAUGGCAGUGGUUUCUGAUUGGUUGAUUGAUUUCCGAUAAAUCUUUUUAUUCAUUUAUAAUACAGCUUAGCAUGUACUGGUGUUAACUUUCACAACGAUCGCUAAAUCUUUCAGCACACUUUACAGUAUAACAGUGAAGCAUUUAUAAUCGUUAUAUCUAUAAUGAAUAUCAUAUGAUCAUAAUAUUGUAUGGUGUAACAAUACGAUAAUUGGCAAUGGCCGUAACGUGGCAGUGUUGUAUAUGGGUGGAGCGAUAUGAUGGAAAAUAUCAUAGAACCAUUCCUGAAGGUAUUUCUGUGAUGCAUAAUGUGUAGAAAAUAAUCCUGAAAAAAAGGUUUAUUAAUAGUUUUAUCAAGGUUCCAAAUUUGAACACCACAUCAGGUGCAUCAAGUUUGUAAAGAAAAAAGUAAGCAAAAAAACUUAGAUGCAGAGAUCACGAUAUCAUAAAAAAAAAAGGUGUUGUGAUGUAAUGUAUCAUGAUAUUGAUUUUAUAUCAUUGUAUCGCCUGGUCCUACGGCUAGAACGAUCCACUAGCAAGUCAUAGCUUGUCAGAGUUCUUAAACUGUACAAGUGAUCUUCGCCCAAGACGUGUGUGUGUGUGUGUGUGUGUGUGUGUGUGUGUGUUCUUUUGUUGCAUCCAAAUCGUAUUGUACCUUACUUGAUUCCACUUAUUUCCAUUUAACCCAGAUUCCAACUGUUCAUUAAGUGAACGUGAUUUCUUCAGUUGCUACCAAAACAAAGGCAACAAAAAGCUUUCAUUAUACAUUUAGUAAAAGACUACAGUUCCUGAAGUUCCGAGGAAUUUAAAUAAAUAAAAUAAAAUAAAUAAAUAAAUAAUAAAAAUACCUAAAUGAGUUCUGUGGAGCUGCACAGUGCUUUCCUUUUGGGGAAAAAAAAAAUUACAGAAUUUUCUUUUUAAAAUUAGGAAAGGUGACUUGUUGCUGUCUCUUAAAAAUUCUCCCCAGACAAGAAUUUUACAUUUUAGUACAGAACAUUAAACACAGUGAUUAAUAUUCAGACUUUUGCUAUGUUUCACUCCAAGUGUCCAAUGUAAGGACAUUCAGACUAUUUUCCGAAAAUAUUAAGAGCUUAGAGGAAGAAGUGGAAGAAAUCCCGGUCACAAGUUCACCAGAGUUCAGAUAACAUUGAGUUAAAUUCCAUCAUUACGAUUCAUUCCUGAGGUUUUAUUUCCUCACAUUAGUCUCCCGAAGACAGGCGUUUGUCUGCCGUUUAUAGGCAUGUUUGUACAGCGAUAGAUGAAUUUAUUUUAAUACUUUUCUUUAUUAAUAUUUUUCUCUAUUUAUUUUUUGGUGUAUUGAACUGGUCUUCAUAAUAUUGUCAUUUUUAUGCUAGCUUGCCAUCUAGCUAGUUAGUUCCCAGUAAUGUAAAUAUUUAAGUAUGUCAUUUUUUUUUUUUGUUUUAUUUUUGCCUUUUCCCACAUGUAAAGUUUUAUAUUUAUAUAAAUUUAAGCUACAUUCUUUAGCAGCCCUUAGCUACAUAGGUAGUCCAAUUUUACACCCAGAUUAACGUUAGGUGCCAAAACUUUCCCAUCUCUCAGUUGACUAAAAGAUCGCAGGUGGUGUUUUUGGUUGUUAAAUUUUAAAAAGUUUCCAAAUGUACCAUUUUGUACGCUUUCUAUUUUCACUUUCUGUAAAAUGUGUUCCUGUAAUUUGUUAAAUAUUGGCUCUGGGUUUCGAUAAUGUUUGAACUCUCUCUCGUCGACUUUUCCCCACUACUAAAGUCUAACAGAUUUGUAUUCAUCGAUUUUUAGAAAGAAAAUCAAGCUUUCUGAUAAAGUUCAGAAGAAAGGUCACUUCUCAUUGCAGCGCAACAGACUGUUUGGUUAGCCGUCGAUGCUAAGGGAAAUUAUUCUUAAUUUUACUCAUGCUGAGUAUUUUUAAGUGAUUUUUCUUAAUACAUCUGAGUGAAAUGUUGAUAUUCUCGACACGUUUAUGUAGUUUUUAUUGUCACUCUGUCUUUACCUUAGCUUAAAUCAUAUACUUAACAGCUAUGUGCUAGCUAGAUUGCUAUACUUCUAGCGUCAGUCAUAGCUCUGCAUUUGUACAGUGUUGUCCUGAUUCUUAGUCAGUUUCACCUUCUUACAUCAAAAUCACAAAGCACCACAGUCGUUUUGCUAACUAGCUGGCUUGCUAGCUAUUAAAAAUGUAUGAAAUUGAAAUAAUUGUUAGCGCUAAUGCCUUCUGAGUAAAAUUCCCUUCCUGAAUACAAUGAUGAGGAUUCAACCGAGGAGGGAAUGGUUAGGGGUUAAGUCGACGAGGGUGUGUUAUAACAUGGUAUUGAAACAAAGGCCUGGUUGAUGGAUCUUCCUGUAGUCUAAAGAGGUUUAAUUUAAUAAGCUAUUUCCUUCAUACAUAAGUAUGAGCUAGCUAACUGCCUGCGUGUGUGUGUGUAUGAGGAUAUGGCUGGGUUUUCAAAAAGGCAGCUUGUUUUACUUUGUGUGUGCACUUAAGUGUGUGUGUGUGUGUGUGUGCACUUGUGUGUGGCAUGAAUGCUUAGUCAGAAAAAAACAUCUUGGCUUGUGUGAAGGUUUUAUUUGUCGUUUCAGUGGUGUGCGGAGUGUUUAAGAAGUUUUAGGGAUUUUCCAUUUGGUGUGUGUGUGUGUGUGUGUGAUCGAUCAUGAGGUCACAAUCCUCAGUCAACUGACAAUUUAUCCUGAAGUACAACAAAACAUCUUUUAAAGAUAAUUCUUGAUGCAUUAAAACUAAGUGGUUUAGAGAAAAUCUACAUUCGUUUGCAAAUUCUUUGUCAUGGAUUUUCAAUGACAAAAAAAUGUUUCUGUUUUAUCAACAAUCCCAAUAAAUCUGUA